CGAGCGUGUAAAUUGUGUGAAGUCAGACUACAGCAUUUCGUGCAGUUAAAAGUAACUUCAACAUGUUGGACCAUUUGGACUUUGGGGACUUACAGUAUUACUUCAGUGCAUACUACAUAUGCAAUUUAUUGCUGUCCGUCUCGUAUUUAUUUCUAAGGUCUUUUCGGCCGUUUUGCACAACCCUGUUUUCCAAUGCAGCAAAUGGAGAUCCCUGUCAGCUUGAUUGGAAUGAGACCAACGUUCUGUUCUUCCUCGGGUGCAUCCUUGUCGUCAAGAACCGCAAGCUACCAUCCUUCAGACAGUACAUCCAGAAGAUGUUCAUGUUCACCAAGGUGGCCAACGCUCUCCUCUUCUUCUACUCUGACUUCCGAUAUGCAAUCCUUUUCGUUGCCCUUGUAUUAGUUGUACUGAUCGUAUUCCCUGAGCCAAUCUACUGUGGACGGCAAAAUGUCACCUACUUCAGUGCAGAUACCUUAGAAGAAGAGCUGGUCUCCUCUCCCAGAGUCACAUGGCUAAUUGAAUUCUACACACCGUGGUCUAACAACUGCCAAAUAUUUGCCCCGGUAUAUGCAGAUCUAUCCCUAAAAUAUUCUCACACGCACUUGAAGUUUGGCAAAAUAGACAUCGGCAGAUAUGCAGAAGUUGCAAAAAAAUAUAGAGUAGAUGCAUCAUCAUUAUCACAACAGCUACCAACGCUUGUGCUCUUUGAAGGCGGGAAAGAAACAUUAAGAAAACCCGGCAAGAAUAGCAAGGGAGCAAUUGUCAAACAUAAUUUCACUAAGGAUAACAUCAUCGGUGAUUACAACUUGAAGUCGUUGUACCAGACCACAAAGAGUAGAGCUCAGAAGAAGGCUGAGAAAGUAGAGCUGCCAAGUGACAAGAAAUCCAAUUAAACCCUAGACCCUUAUGUGUCGGUAUUAAAGCAGGACAGUUUUCAGGUGACCAGGGCACAAUUCAUAAAGCUGUUAAGCAAAACAUACUGCUUGACAAAUAUCUUUGCAAAGCAGAAAUUAAGUGGAGCACCAGUGACAGCAAUUUAAACUUACAUGUAAGGUAUUUUUGGCUGGUAACCUGUUUUAUGUUAAGCAAUACUUUCCUGUGCGUAUAUAGCCAAGUUUUUUGUGCUUACAGGCUGUAUAAACUCGGGCCCAGAUGAUCAUGUCACAUUUAGUGCUCAAGCUGUCUAUGCAAUUAUAAGUAAAACGCAUAGAGCUAUAUAUAUUGACUAGAGCGCUAACACCCCGUUAUACACGCACUAAGGUUUUGAA